UUUGUCCUCGGGACAAAGACCUGGUCUACGAGCCCAGUCCAGGGACACCAAGGGAGAGUGGGCCUGAACUCUUGCUCUCUAAAGUGAAAAACUUCACGUCCUGCUCCAGAGCCUGGGAGACACUGGCGCCCAGCUCACCACGGCAGCAGUGAAGGAUCAGAACAUGGAAGAAGUCUGGAAGCAAGUGUUCCAGGAAUUAAUUAGGGAAGUGAAACCAUGGCACAUGUGGACCCUGAAACUAGACAAAACCCUUCUUCCCAACAUCCUGAAGCCAGAGUGGAUACAAUACCAGCAUGGACCUGUGCCUGGUGAGCGGGGAAUGUGACGGUAAUAUUGCAGAAAAUUCUUGUUUAUUUCUCACUGUGAACGGAGGCUAUUUUCUACCCAAGUUCAGAUCCUUUUCCACAUGCAGUGGAGUGAGAAGGAAUCCAGGGGCCAGGAAAUGAGAGUCUUUUCCCAGAGAUGUCAGAAGUGCUCCCAGCCUUCUUUUGAGGUUCCUGAGUUCACAGAAAAAAACAUCUCAAGGAUCCUGAAUAGCUUGUUGCGGAUUCUGAAGACAUGCUAUAGGGAAGGAUUUACGUUGGUAGAGAUUCCUAUGAUUGAGGAAAUCUCUCCUGAAGGGCCACAUGACAGAGACAACUGUGAGGCAUGUCUGCUGGGCUUUUGUGCCCAAAGUGGCUUAGGUCUGGUCGUGCGAUCACCAAUGUCCCCAUCACUUCCCACAAUAAGCUCACCCACUCUCGGGUCUCAAAUGUCUUCUCCCCCAAGGAGUAGUGCCACAGCAGAUGCAAAGAAGUAAAAGAAGGUAUUACCCAGAACCUGGUUUUCUGAGCCCACGCAGGCUGAGAGCCUCCCCACAUUCUGGAGCCCUACAGCAAACACCACCUUCCAGGAGGAGAGAAGAGACCAGGCCUCCCCCUCCAAUGAGGAUUUCUACUUCGACACAGCCCAGAAUCACAUGCACAGGAGCUUAGGUGUGUGUUGCUGUUGUCUCAUCCUGCUAAUCAUUGUCAUCGUGGUUGCUGUAAAAAUCACUAUCUGAGCCUCGAAAACAUGAUGCGGAGUUUAAAAAACUCAGACACAGUCGUCAAUUGUAUAAUCCCAUUGAUGUGAAAUAUCCAAAAGAGGUAAAUCCAGAGACAGGA